AUGCAUUUGACACCAGAAGAAGUAGCAUCAGAGUUUAAACGUAAAGGAGCAUUUGAUGAAUUACGAAGAGAAUUACUGGAAGAAUUUUUGAAAAGUGAUAAAGGCAAAGAGUUUAACGAACGACUCAAGUUGCUGUUUGAAGCACGGACUGAUGGCGAUCCGUCGCUCUUAGACAAGGACCGAACAGAAAUACAUGUUAUAUUACUUAACGACUUUGACAAGGCACGAGAAGAUGAAAAAAUAAAAGAAUAUAUUUUAAAAGAAAUAAUAGAAUCAACGGAAUACCAAGCAGCACUUGUACAAAGACUCGGAUCAAUAGUUACAGAACUUUGUGCGUCAGAAGACGACGACACCAUCAAAGGUAAAGAAUCUGCUAGUAUUUCCACUCCAGCCGUCACAGAUUCAGUCAAGUCUAGCCUGAUGGAGGUAGAGGACAUUAGAAAAGACGACGUAGCAAGCAGCAAAAAAAAUACGGAUCAGAAUAUGGAAAGCCAGGAACUUGAUUUAACAAAAGCUAGGGAAUCUUCUGAAGAUGAGCCGGAAGAGGGAGAGGCCACUGAGCAGGACGAAGAAAACGAGGGAGGAGUAUCUAGUCCGAAGCGAAAAUCUGACCUAGAUACUGUAUUCGAUUCUGCUCCUUUCAAAAGGAGAAA